AACAAAACCAUGGCCCUCCUCCUCCACCGCCUCUCUCUCUCAACCCUCUUCUUCCUCUCUCUCACCACAACGACCCUUUCCACCGUCUACGAACUCUUCCCCAAAUACGGCCUCCCAAGCGGCCUCUUACCUGACUCCGUCACCGACUUCACCCUCUCCGACGACGGAAGAUUCGUCGUCUACUUAUCCAAGUCCUGCGAGAUCGAAUUCGACUACCUCGUUCGCUACGACAAGACCGUAACGGGACGGAUCGGUUACGGAGCCAUCACCGAGCUGAAGGGUAUUCAGGUGAAGAGAGUGUUUAUGUGGUUUGAUGUCGAUGAGAUCAAGGUUGAUCUACCUCCCUCGGAUUCGAUUUACUUCAAGGUUGGGUUUAUUAAUAAGAAGCUUGGGAUUGAGCAGUUCAAGACUGUGCAUUCUUGUGGUGUCUCUGGGUCUUGUGGAGGUUCUUGGAAGAGUUUUUUUCUCCAGCUUCUAGGAAUGACGAAUGAAGCUGAGAUGCUAAUCACCGAGUAAAUACCCUCAACAAUCACUCAUCACCACCACACAACGAUGGAGUUGAGUGUUAGUCAGUCAACUUUUGUACAAAUACGUUCCCACGAAAUGUCAAAUAUUUCCUUUAUGCAAGUCUUGUUAAAACUCGUUUUCCACAGAAAAAUCUGUAUCCAUACAACAUGACUAAAUGUUUGACUCUUCACAUAAUAUACUACGAACACGUUUGAGUUCAAGACCAUUCACGUGUUCAUUGAGCUAGAACUCGUGGCUGUUGCGACUCUGUUCAU